AAAAUCUGUCAUUAUAUUCUAACCUCAUUCAUUCCCGGUUGUUAUAGUUGUUUUUUUUGAAAGGAAAGUUAAAGAAAAAUAUUCAACUUUGUGCUGUGUAAAAUUAAUUCAAAGUUAACACAAUGGUUGUGCGUAGUUAUAAUGACGAACUUAAAUAUUUGGAAAAGAUCAACGAUUACUGCUGGAGGAUUAAAAUCGGCUUCCAGCCCAAUAUGAAGGUGGAAGGGUGUUUCUAUGUUAAUGCCGCAUUGGAAAAGCUUAUGUUGGAUGAACUUCGUAAUGCAUGUAGGCCAGGGAUGGCGGGUGGCUUUUUACCAGGAGUCAAACAAAUUGCCAAUGUCGCCGCACUACCAGGAAUUGUUGGUAGAUCUAUUGGCUUGCCAGAUGUGCAUUCCGGAUAUGGUUUUGCCAUUGGUAAUAUGGCAGCUUUCGACAUGAAUGAUCCACAGUCGAUAGUAUCACCAGGUGGAGUUGGCUUCGAUAUUAACUGUGGAGUUCGAUUGUUGAGAACCAAUUUGUGGGAGAAAGAUGUACUGCCUGUAAAAGAACAACUGGCACAAAGUUUAUUUGAUCAUAUCCCCGUUGGGGUGGGAUCAAAAGGUAUAAUCCCAAUGAAUGCGCGUGACUUGGAGGAAGCGCUUGAGAUGGGUAUGGACUGGUCUCUGCGUGAAGGGUAUGUGUGGGCUGAGGACAAAGAACAUUGCGAGGAGUAUGGUAGAAUGUUAAACGCAGAUCCGGCGACUGUGAGUAUGAGAGCUAAGAAACGUGGUUUACCUCAGUUAGGCACACUGGGCGCAGGCAACCACUAUGCCGAAAUUCAAGUGGUCGACGAAAUUUAUGACAAGUGGGCUGCAGGCAAAAUGGGCAUUGAAGAAAAGGGGCAAGUAUGUGUAAUGAUUCAUUCUGGAAGUCGAGGUUUCGGUCACCAAGUUGCAACUGAUGCCCUUGUUCAGAUGGAAAAGGCUAUGAAACGUGAUAACAUUGAAACAAACGACCGGCAGUUGGCUUGUGCCCAUAUUCACUCUGAAGAAGGCCAAAACUACUUAAAAUCAAUGGCAGCAGCUGCCAAUUUCGCAUGGGUAAAUCGUAGCUCUAUGACCUUCCUGAGUCGCCAAGCCUUUGCCAAACAGUUCCAAAUGUCCCCAGACGAUCUUGAUAUGCACGUAAUUUACGAUGUAUCUCAUAAUAUAGCCAAAGUAGAAGAGCACCUUGUCGAUGGCAAACCAAAAACCCUGCUGGUUCACAGAAAGGGCUCCACACGGGCAUUUCCCCCUGGUCACCCACUGAUUCCAGUCGACUAUCAACUAACAGGACAACCCGUGUUAAUUGGUGGAACAAUGGGAACAUGCAGUUAUGUUCUGACAGGAACAGAAUCCGGAAUGGAGCAGACUUUUGGUUCAACUUGUCACGGCGCUGGGCGUGCGUUAUCGCGAGCCAAAUCAAGGCGAAAUUUGGAUUACACUGAGGUUUUAAGAAAACUUGAUGACAUGGGUAUAUCAAUACGAGUGGCAUCUCCCAAACUGGUCAUGGAAGAAGCACCUGAAUCAUACAAAAAUGUAACUGAUGUUGUAAAUACCUGCCACGCUGCUGGAAUUAGUAAUAAGUGUAUAAAAUUAAGACCAAUUGCUGUAAUUAAAGGAUAAUUUCUUUAAUUUAUUGAUAAA